AUGAAUUGUCAGUCUCUGAAUGGGGUUCUGAAUGUAGCUGAAGAGGUUAAUGAAGAGCUGGAAGUUGAUGCUAAUAAUAGACGGGGAGUUAUGUCAGUUCUAGAAGGUGUGGGUCUAUCGAAGAGUCAAGAGCCUCUUUGUUUUCCAAAAAGGCAGAUACCUGCUCGGAAUUCAGAUACACUAUUGGAGUGUGAAGGAUCUUCUUUGGGAGUAGAGUUGGGGUGUAUGGAAAAUCAAAUUUCUGAUUCCAGUAAGGCAGAGUUAGUUGUGAAUACGAAGGAAAAUGAAAACCUGAGUGAGGGUGAGGGGGUUUGUUGGGAGAUGUUGUUGUUGAGUCUGAUCAAUUACAGGAGAAUGAGAAGGAUUGUAUGGAGGUUGAAAAGGAAUUAG